UAAACAAAACCAAUUUCUAUAUAUGCAAUGCAUUAGAAAAUGGACUUUAAAAUUAACCAAGACAAAUAGUUACAAUUUGCAGCAACAACAACAACAACAAAAAAAACAAAUUGAAUUGAGACAUAAUUAAACAUCUAAUUAAUUGUGUUUGAGGUUGUUUGUUACCGUGCUGCGCCAUGGGUAAGGGUGACAUUGAGGCAGGGUUUCCCCAAGCACAUGGCAGCCUUUAUCCAUACAUGAUUGAAUCACCUGAGCUCCGAUGGGGUUUUAUUCGCAAGGUUUAUCUAAUUGUUUCUAUUCAGCUUCUUUUCACAGCUGGUUUUGCUUCUUUAUUUGUGUUUUUUCCACCUGCAAAGAACUUCGUUCUCUACAAUGAUUUUAGCCUCUUCGCCUUGCUUGGUUCUCUAAUCUUCACAUUCAUAGUUUUAUUGGUGUUGAGCAAAUAUUACAAUAAACAUCCGGUGAAUCUGUUUCUACUUGGUCUCUAUACUCUUGGCAUGUCUGUUACCGUUGGAUUCGCCUGUGCUUUUUCCCAAGCAAUUGUGGUCGCAGAAGCAGCAUUUCUAACGGGUGCGGUGGUUGGUUGCUUGACCCUCUACACAUUUUGGGCCGUUAAAAGAGGCAGUGAUUUUAGUUUCCUUGGCCCAUUCCUCUUUGCUUCUCUUAUGGUCAUGUUGUUGUUUGGACUUAUUCAGAUGUUUUGCCCUCUUGGACCAAUGGGUCGUAUGGUCUAUGCUGGAAUGGGUGCAUUAAUAAUGUGUGGUUUCAUUGUAUAUGAUACUUGUGACCUCAUUAAAAGAUACACCUACGACGACUAUAUUUGGGCUGCCAUUGCAAUCUAUGGUGACAUUAUCAACCUCUUCAUAUAUUUGCUUUCGAUUUUGAAUGACCUUUAACUUUAAGGCAAUUCAUUGAAUCCUCUUUUUUAACUACUAUAGAUGUAACAUGUUUCUAAAUUUGCCUCUUCUCUUCCAUUCUAUGUUGACAUUCCUUAUUGCACUCUAUCAUUUUUGCUUAAUGCCAAUGUUUUAAUUAAUUUGUAUA